GGCGUGGCCCCGUGUGUAAACUUGCAUGGUGGGACUGGUGGAAAGUUUAGUGUGUGAGUGGCAGCUGUGUGCGCUGGCGGGGCUGUAGAGUGCUCACUUCAUUCGGGCAGAGUCAGCGCUGAGCCGGAUUAGACCCUGUAUCAAGGUUACAUAACUUGAGACAAUGCCUGCUUCUUGUGAAUCACUAGUGGACGACAUUGAAGACAUCAUCUCGGUAUCCGAUCCAAAACCCCAUGAUCGUCAGUCGGCAAGACAAAACGUUGUUCCCAGGGUACGGAAACGAAAUAAGGACCAAGUCCUGGAAGAGCCGCCAAGUGACAGCACCAUUCCAGGCACGCAGAAGAUCUGGAUACGUACAUGGGGUUGCUCACAUAACAACUCUGAUGGAGAAUACAUGGCAGGACAAUUGGCAGCAUAUGGCUACAAAAUUACAGAGCAUGCCGAACUGGCAGAUUUGUGGCUACUGAAUAGUUGUACUGUGAAGAGUCCAGCUGAGGACCACUUCAGAAAUUCCAUUAAAAAAGCACAAGAAGAGAAUAAAAAAGUUGUUCUGGCUGGAUGUGUUCCUCAGGCUCAACCAAAGCAAGACUACUUGAAAGGCCUUAGUAUAAUUGGGGUCCAACAGAUCGAUAGAGUAGUGGAAGUUGUAGAAGAAACAAUAAAAGGUCACUCGGUGCGACUGCUGGGUCAGAAAAAGGAUAAUGGAAAACGGUUGGGGGGAGCUCGAUUGGAUUUGCCAAAGAUUAGGAAGAACCCACUGAUAGAAAUCAUUUCCAUCAAUACAGGCUGCUUAAAUGCGUGCACAUACUGCAAGACAAAACAUGCUAGAGGAGAGCUCGCCAGUUACUCGAUAGAAGAGUUGGUCGAUCGCGCAAAGCAAUCCUUCCAAGAGGGUGUCUGUGAAAUCUGGCUGACCAGUGAAGACACCGGGGCGUACGGCAGAGACAUUGGGACAGAUCUUCCUACUCUUCUUUGGAAGCUGGUUGAAGUUAUCCCUGAAGGUGCAAUGCUGAGACUGGGCAUGACCAACCCCCCUUACAUUUUAGAGCAUCUGGAGGAAAUGGCAAAAAUUUUAAACCAUCCCCGGGUGUAUGCGUUUCUUCACAUCCCAGUGCAGUCUGCUUCAGACAGCGUCCUUAUGGACAUGAAGAGAGAAUACUGCGUUGCAGACUUCAAAAGAGUGGUGGAUUUCUUGAAAGCGAGAGUGCCCGGAAUUACAAUCGCUACGGACAUCAUCUGUGGCUUUCCUGGAGAAACAGAUGAAGAUUUUAAGGAGACGUUAAAACUAGUUGAGGAGUACAGAUUCCCUAGUCUCUUCAUUAAUCAGUUUUACCCACGUCCAGGGACCCCAGCUGCUAAAAUGGUGCAGGUUCCAGCUCAUGUGAAGAAACAACGAACGAAGGAACUGUCCCAACUGUUUCAUUCAUACAACCCUUAUGACCACAAGAUUGGUCAGAGGCAACAAGUUUUAGUAACGGAGGAAUCUUUUGACCUUCAAUACUAUGUGGCCCACAAUCGAUACUAUGAACAGGUCCUUGUCCCGAAGGAACAAACAUUCAUGGGGAAAAUGGUUGAAGUAGAAAUUUUUGAAGCAGGAAAACAUUAUAUGAAAGGACAUCCAUUGUCAGAUUCCAAGGUGUAUACUCCAUCCAUCGCACAACCAUUAGAAAAAGGAAAAGUUUCUGGCCUGUCUGAGGAGUGCAAGUCAUUGCUGAACAAUGGUUCCAGUUCAAGAGGGAAGCCCCCUGAUGAGCGCAGCGAGGCCUUCCUACAAACGUCUUGGGGAAAGAAAGAAGAGCAGAUGAAGAUUGUCUACUUUCUUGUUGCUGUCUUCGCUGUCCUAAUUGCUUUUCUAGGGGCAAAGUUGUAUCAAAUUGAAAUUUUAGGAAAUUAAAAUGUUCUUUUUGAGGAGUUACAGGAGACAUGGAUUCUGACCAGUCAACCAUAGUAUUUAGUGGAGAACGUAUUUUAUUAUUUUGCCAUAUUGUCAGUAUACAAUAUGUACAGGUAGCAAAUCUAGCAGACUAUUUUUAAAUCAAGAACUGAAGGCAUGUUUACACAUAAAAGCUUUUAAAGUGUAUAAACUGCAAAAAACAAGUUGUGAUUCAUCAUGGUGAACGUUGGACAGCAUUAUAGCUUCCAGUUUGACCUCCUGACCAUAGGGACUGUGUGUGCACUUGUACAGGUUUGCUGAGUGCAUGGAGCCUUCUGGCUAUUUGUAAUAUUGCUGAAAGUUAGAGAAGAUUUGGGUCCCACCUCUGUAAAUGAUUGACAACUGGUAUACUGGUUAUCAUAAAAUUUGGUCAAAAACAGAAAAUGUAUAACCUGCCAUCUAACAACAUUCACAGCGGGGCUAUAUAUAUAUAUUUUGUACUUGGACAUGUAUGAACUGUUCAUAGCUGAGGAGGUGAACAGAGUAUAUGACCUGAUCCUCAUAUAUAAUAUAUGUUUUGGGGAUUUCUUUGUUCAGGAAAAGUCAUACUCUUUGAUAACCGGUCAGAAGACCAAAUGUACUACAAGAAUGAGUUUUACCAAUAUGUACACAAGAUA